CCAUCCCCACCAGGAGCCACCUUCUCCAGCCGUCCAUCCCCACCAGGAGCCACGUUCCCCAGCCGUCCCCAGGUGUCCCCAUGGAGGCGUGGCGGCAGUGUGCCCACUGGCUGGUGGCCGCGCGCGUCCUGCCCGCCGGGCACCGGGCCAGCAGCCCCGGGGGACAGGUGUGGGACCUGGCACAGGCCCUGCGCGACGGCGUCCUGCUGUGCCACCUGCUGAACGCGCUGCUGCCCCGCGCCGUGCCACCCAGGGACAUCUGUCCCCGGCCACAGAUGUCACAGUUCCUGUGCCUGAGGAACAUCCGCACCUUCCUGACGGCCUGCGCCGACAAGUUCGGGCUGCCCAAGCACCGGCUCUUCGGCGCCUUCGACCUCUUCGACGUCCAGGACUUCGGCAAGGUGAUCGAGACGCUCUCCACGCUCUCCUGGACGCCCAUCGCGCAGAGCAGAGGGCUCACGCCGUUCCCGUCCGAGGACAGCGUUGGGGACGAUGACGUUUACAGCGGCCUGUCCGACCUCAUCGACGACACGGCCGAGGAGGACGAUGACCUCUACGACUGCGUUGAGGCCGAAGGCGACGACGGCGACGACGUCUACGAGGACCUGAUGAGGGUGGAGCCGCCCCCGGCCGCGAAGGGGGCCGUGGACCGGCGGCUCUGCUGCCUCCAGGAGCUGCGGCAAACGGAGGAGAGAUACACGGAGACCCUGGAGUCCAUCUGCCAGCACUUCCUGCGGCCGCUGCGGCACUUCCUGAGCCCCCGGGACAUGGAGAGCGUCUUCAUCAACGUGGAGGAGCUGCUGGGGCUCCAUCGCCGUUUCCUGGGGGAGCUGCGGGGGGCGCUGGGGGGGCCCGGGGGGGGGCGGGCGCUGCCCCCCCUGUUCCUGCAGUACAAGGAGAG